UGGGUUCAAGGGCUCUCCUUCUUAUGGGUCUAGUAGUUCUAAUCAUCCCUACAGAGGUGGGAGCUCGCUACUUAGUUGAGACAUCAACAGAAAGAACAUUAAUCAUGUCAUCCAAGAAGGUGGUGACUCUGAAGAGCUCUGAUGGUGAGACUUUUGAAGUCGAUGAGGCUGUCGCCCUUGAAUCCCUGACUAUUAAACACAUGAUCGAAGACGACUUGGGGAAUAACGGGAUCCUAUUGCCUAAUGUCGCCUGUAAGAUAUUGAAGAAGGUGAUUGAAUACUGUAAGAAGCAUGUAGAGACUCCCAAGACUGAAGAUCAGAGGACAGCCGAUGAGGAACUCAAGACUUGGGAUGAUGAAUUUAUGAAGGUUGACCAUGACACACUCUUCAAUCUCAUCCUGGCAUCCAACUAUCUAAAUAUCAAGAGCUUGCUGGAUCUGACAUCCCAGACUCUUGCUGAUAUGGUCAAGGGUAAAACUCCAGAAGAAAUCAGGAAGAUGUUCAACAUCAAGAAUGAGUUUGCCCCUAAGGAAGAGGAGGUGGUUCAGGGGGAGAACCAUUGGGCGGGCCUUUGAAUGAUACUUGACCAAGGAUACAACCUUGUGAAUGAAAGAGGGGGAGGGGGAGGGGGAGGUGGUUUAGUUUUCAUGUCACUGUCAUUCAAUUAAACUAAUAGUUACCUUGACUUCAUUUAGUACUUUGCCUUAUUUCAAUGGAACUUCUUUUUCAUAAAAUGUA